CUCUAUGUCUCUGACUACUCUCUCCCCUCCGGGUGGAGACCCAGGCCCCAGUGCAGACCUUCUCUCUAUGUCUCUGACUACUCCUCUCCCCUCCAGGUGGAGACCCAGGCCCCGGUGCAGACCUUCUCUCUAUGUCUCUGACUACUCUCUCCUCUCAGGUGGAGACCCAGGCCCCGGUGCAGACUUCGGCCAGCCCUACCUUCAGCUCCUUCCUGAUGUUCUCCUAUCCUGCUCUGUGUUCCUCGCCCUCACCUUGGCCUGCUUCCUGUUCUCAUGGUCACAUGGAGUCGCCUCCGGCAACCGUCCUGGAUUGGCUACCGCUGCUGGUCUGUUAGAGCUGGUCUCCCUGGUGCUGUCCAUACGUAUGACGUUCUACCUGGACAACGUGUUGAGCUGUACCCAGACCUUGCUGAGGGUGGUGUCAGGCUGGAUCCCCCGUCAUGUGAUCGGGGCCUUGCUGGUCUCACUUCCUGCCGUGUCCGUGUUCUCACACCUCGCCUGCAGCCUCCACCUGCCCAUCCAGGUAACCAUGUUCCUGUGCUGUGCAGUGACCAUAGCCAUCAUCCAGUACUGUAACUUCUGCCAGCUGAGUUUCUGGAUGAGAUCUGCCCUGGCCACGGCUGUUGGUGUGGCUCUACUAGUGCUGCUCCACAGCCCCCUCAACAGGACAGGCUCCAGUAAUGACAGUUCUCCAGCGAUGGGUAAUCUCACCAAUGAGACAUGGUCCACUCCAGAACCACGUCCAGACGCCAUGGACCCCGUGAGACCCCUAGACCUACUGGUCCCAGAAGCAGUACUCACCUACUUCCUCCUCCUUCUAUUGGUCUGGUUUUUGAACCACGAGUUCGAGGUCAGCUACCGUCUCCAUUACCACGGCAACAUAGAGGCCGACAAGCACCGCGUCAAGAUCCAGAACAUGCGGGACCAGGCAGACUGGUUGCUAGGCAACAUCAUCCCAAUCCACGUUGCCGAGCAGCUCAAGGUGACCCAGUCGUACUCCAAAAAUCACGACAACGCCGGGGUCAUCUUUGCGAGUAUUGUGAAUUUUUCUGAAUUCUACGAGGAAAGUUACGAAGGCGGGAAGGAGUGUUAUCGAGUGCUCAAUGAGCUCAUCGGCGACUUCGAUGAGUUGCUACGGAAACCGGACUUCGCCAACGUGGAGAAGAUCAAGACGAUCGGCGCCACGUACAUGGCGGCGUCCGGGCUGAACCCUCAGCAGUGCAUUGACGACUCCCACCCCAACUCUAACCACCUGAGGGCGCUGUUCGACUUCGCCCUCGAGAUGAUGGGUGUUUUGGACGACUUCAAUAAAAACAUGCUAGGCUUUGGGUUUAAGCUCCGUAUCGGGUUCAAUCAUGGKCCCCUGACGGCGGGGGUGAUCGGCACUACCAAGUUGCUCUACGACAUCUGGGGAGACACAGUGAAUAUUGCGAGUCGCAUGGACUCUACAGGGGUGGAGUGUCGGGUACAGGUGAGUGAGGAGAGCCACUCGGCGCUCAGCAGAAUGGGAUUAGAGUUCGACUACCGCGGUACCGUCAACGUCAAGGGCAAAGGUCAAAUGAGGACCUUCCUGUAUCCCAGGAGCACUGAAAGAGGUGGGCAGCUAUUGGCUGAACCUUGGCUACAGCCACAUCAAUUAGUUGCUGUUUUGCCCCCGGUGAAACCUGUCCAAUCACAGGCAGCCGUUGGACCCGUGGGGGAAGGGGACGCMGUUAAAACGACCAAGUCUGAUGCAGGUGCCAAUGCGCCAGCUCCUCCUCCUUUAUCCUCUUCUUACACUCCUCCCACCUCCUCCUCUUCCUCCACAUUCACCCCCCAAGCCUCUUCUAUAGGACCCCGUGGAGCUCCUUCAGGACUAGGGCCAGAGCCAGGCCCGGCCAAGCCCUGCGGGGURAGGGCAGAUCGGGCAGAGGGGUACAGGGAUGYUCCUCCAACCCCACCAGGAAUCCCCCAAACURGGGCUGGCCACCCCCCUGCUACGGGCACGGACCCUCACCCCCUUACCCUGGACCUAGACCCGGAGCUAGUACCCUGUACCUUGGCACAGCCUGAGGAAGAGGAGGAGGAGGAAGCAAAUGAGCUGACAAAGCUCAAUAAGGAGGAUUUCAUGUCACGCCUUUGAUCCAUCAAGUGCUGAUCUAGGAUCAGCUCCCCCUUAUCCAUAUAAUCCUAUUCAUUAUGAUUUUAAAGUUGAAACUGAUCCUCGAUCAGCACUCCUUUCUCUGAGCUGAAGACAGAAGUAGCUACAGAUAAAUGUUUGUAGGGAUGGAAGGAGUUUUUUCCCCCUAACUUAUCCAUUAAUCACAUUUCUGAACCAAAACAGAUGUUUUCACAUGAUGAAAUGUGACUGCAGACAGAGUGACCUUUGGACAUUGACUUGUAGUCAAGCUAUGAUGGCUCAUCACUUUUCUAUAGGAAAGGGGGGGGGGCUGUGUUGAGCACAGUUAUUGUGGCACAAUAUAAUGGAGGGGGAGGGAGGAGGAGGAGUAGAGAAAGGGUUUUUGCUUGUUGGUGUUGAGGUUUUAUUUUUCUUAUGCUUUGGUUGAUAUGUAAAGAAGUGCCUUCAGGACAAGAACCGUUAACGAACAAGAAAUGAAUAUGGAACAAAAACACAAAAAAGGUUGGAACAAUCUUUAGCAUGACUUAUUUUUUAUAUUUCAAACCUAGUCUACCGAUGAUGCUGUGGUUCUUUUACUACAAGUUGUUUUUUCAAUGCAAUUUGUUUUGUUAUUGUAUCGUUAUCGUUUGUGCCAUAUUCAGUUUUUCACUUGAUCAGUUGUAGCCUAUUCGCCUGACCGUAAAGGGAAAUAAAUGACGUGCCAGACAGUGGUGGAUUAUGGGUAAGAAGCAUGGGUAGAAUAAGGGAAUGACAAAAAGCAGUGUUAUUGGUGUUUCUGCUUUGAGACGAUGGCUUAGAGUGUUUGUGAUGUGCUACAUAGACCCAAUACUAAAGGGAAAACCAACAUAGGGAUUUAUCUUCACACUGACGCUUUUUUAUGUCCAACUUUUCAGGAAGCACAUUUUUUUUAAAGAAACUUCCGUACAGCUUCUUUAAGUGGUCUGUGGAACAUAACUGUCGGAACCAYAGGUCUCCUGACUGGGUCUCACACAACUUCUCCUAGACCUCUCCUAAAUGGAAAUGGCAAAUUGGGAUGGUAGCCUAUACCAAGCAGUCUUGACAGUAAGAAAACUGAACAAAUACGUUAUAGCACUCUCAAGUAAGCGAUUAUACUCUAACAAGUAUCCUGAAAAAGCACAAAUCUAAAAAUUGUUUAAGGGAAUCAUAGUGUAGGAAAUUAAAGGGACUAUUUGGUUAUAUCAAAAUGGGAAAGCACUUAAAAUCUUUAGGGAUAAUAUGUGUUAAAAGUAUGACAUUCGCCAAAAGGAACAGAAUUC